CUUUUUAACACCAGUAUGUGGCAGUAAUAAAACGCUGUACAGUUCACCAUGUCGUGAAAGAAGAAGGAGGAGAAAAUUCUCAUUCGCUGUCUAUUGGCGCGGAAGUUGCUCCAGGACAGUCCUUGUACUGUCAAUUAUUUUUUAAAACUAUUUUCCCGUAUCCUCAGAUAACUUUUUGUUGCUCGUUGUUAGUUAUUCACGAAGCUGUAUGCAGCAUUAGCUACGCGGACUCAGUGUAAUGUAAUGCAUUGUGUUAACACAGACUGCUGGCGAGUCGUUAGCUGUGUAUUGUUUUCUUUUUUUCUUUAGCUUUAACUUUGACUAGCCUUUAGCUUGGGAUUAGCUAACUGUAUACAGUAAUUGUUACUUAGCUUAACGUACUGCAGAAAAGCAAAUAUUAGGCGUUUCCCAGGUGUAUACCGAGCUCUGUCUCCUUUAAAGAAAGCGUUUGUUUGUUUUAUUUUAUUUCGGUGAAUGUGGUUGGGUUGUAAACAGCUAAGGAAGCAGCUUGCUAGCUAACUUGAGGUGUUUAGGUUGCUGCAAAAAAAAAAAAAAGUUGACGUUCCUGUUCGUGAGCUGUUCAGCACAUCUGUUUAAGUGUAACGAAGGGAUUAUCCUCUAUUACUAGAAGUGGACUAGUGAACAAAAACACGCACCAUGCUCGGGGGGUGUGGCAUGAAAGAGCAAGACAAGGUGGCCCUGAAGAAGAACUCGGUGGCACUUUGUAAAGAACUGGUGGUGGAUGAGCUGCUCAUUCAGUACUUGCAGGCUGAAGACAUCCUCACUGAGAGCAUGGCAGAAAGCAUUCUGGCAGAGACAACAUCCCAAAAGAGGAGCUGGCGUUUGCUCACGCUACUCCCGAAACGUGGCCCCCGAGCUUUCAGCACCUUCUGCACAGCUCUUAACGAGACCGAGCAGGGGCACCUGUCCAACUUGCUUAUUAGGUUCAGAGACCGAGAGAACUCACCUACACAGAGUGAGAGUGAAAUCUCUUUCACGCAGGACAGCUCACCUGCUAAGAAAAGGAAAGACCAGGAGAGGUUUACAGACCCUAAACUUCCACUUUCAACUCAGGAGUGUGAAGUGCCCGCUAAAAGAGCUCGCACCCAGGAGUCUAUGGAGAUGUGCUUAGAUGCUGACAGUCCUCUGACCACUGCUGUGCUCCCCUGCACACAGGAGUUCUACCUGUCUCACUGUGCCCAAGCCUACCCAAUGAGCUCUAGUCCACGUGGUCUUGCACUGGUGCUGAGUAACGUGCGCUUCGAGCCUGAGUUAUCGGAGUUGGACACACGGAGAGGAGGGGAGGUAGAUGAGGAGGUGCUGAGGAGACUCUUUACUGAGUUGGACUUCACAGUAAGCCUGCAGAAAGAUCUCACUGUCCAGGCCAUGCGGGCCUGUAUAGAGCAGUUUGCUCGGCAGCCAGAGCACGCUGUGUAUGACUGCUGUGUUGUGUGUUUACUGUCUCAUGGAGUGGAGGGCUCCAUUUACGGCGUUGAUGGGAAGCUGCUGGAGUUGGACUGGGUGUUUGAGAGCUUUGAUAAUGCUCGUUGCCCCCUGCUGCAAAACAAGCCAAAAAUGUUCUUCAUUCAGGCCUGUAGAGGAGAGGAGAUGGACUGUGGUGUGGACCAGUUAGAUGGUGAUGAUGCGAUGCAGCCUACAGGCUGUGAGCAGAGGGAUGCAGGAAGAGAGGAGAACCUUGACAGACAGAACAUAGCAAGUGAAGAGAGCGAGGGCAAGAGACUGCGAGUGAAACUGCCCCAGAGAUCCGACAUGAUCUGCGGUUUUGCAACUCUCAAAGGUUUCAGCACUGCUGCAAUGAGGAACACAAAGAAAGGCUCAUGGUUUGUUCAGGAACUCAACACAGCUAUGAGACAGAGAGCCAGAGACACACACUUAUCAGAUAUACUGGUGCAGGUGAAUAGCCAUAUUAAGGAGAGAGAAGGCCAUGCUCCAGGUUCAGCACACCAUCGCUGCAAAGAGAUGUCUGAAUUCACCAGCUCACUCUGCAAAGACCUCUACCUCUUUCCCAAGUACUGCCCAAAUAACUAGACACACAGACACACUUACAGAUCUGUAAAAGGACCAUUCCAACCCUGCAAUAUUUAGGAUUCUGAAAUGGUAGCAGACUCAUUCCAUAAAAUUCACACACACACACUCAGAACUCUGCCCUGUAAAUAGUAUUUGUUUCUUCUGGGCCAUGACAGUAACCCAUUCUGUUUUGUUUUUCACUUUCUAACCAAUUUAAACUAGAAACAGUGUUUUUACACAUAUUUUAUGUGUAUACAUAUAUAUAUAAAAGAGGAAUGGUUUUGUAUGAAUCCAAGAACAUUUGUAAAUAUCAGUAAUUGUUUAUAUAUAUAUAUAUCCCUGUAUUACAAAGCUUAAGCCAAUAUUUUUGGUCUACGAAAUGACCUUUCUUAAAUUGUUUGUGUCUUUAUUGGGAUUUGCCUUGAUAUGCAUUAAUCACAAUUGAAUUAACUAUGGUGUAACCCUUUUUAACACUUUAAGAUCUAUUUUUGUUAGUUUUGUAGGAAAUAUUUGGACAAUGUACAGUUUUUAUGUUUUUAGCGAGUUUUAUCUUACUUUUUUUUUUUUUUUUACUUUUUUUUUAUUUCUUUUUUUUUUUUGUUGUUGGUUUUUUAGAUAUUCUUGCUCAAAUGCUUUUGUGUCAGUUUUAGGCAGAACCAAUACCACACAGCGACAAGCACUUCCUCAAUACCUUCAGUCCACCGAGCUCUUUUUCCCGUUUGCAUUGAGUCAUUAAAUGCACACUCGAUUUCAGUUCUGCUCUACUGAUCUGCAGUAUUCCACACCACAAUUUUUGUGGUGCAGCAUGUUGCAGUGUCUCCACUUCUGUUUGUACAAAUGUAGUCUUUUUUUAUUCAUAUAGCACAGACCAAUAUUUUAAUGUAAAAAACUAGACUUGGUUAACAUUUAAAAGCUAUGGAGGCAGCAAAGUGUGUAUGGACACCAGCAUAGUUUUGUAACAUUCUAUUACCUUGUUAGUGUUUUUAUUAACCAGCUUACAUUCCACAUGUUUUCUCUGUCACCAGAGGGCAGUAGAGGUCUAGAAGAAGCACUUAGGACACUUUUGUCACUCCUGACUUCAGGCUGUAUUUCUGAAAGAUUGAAGACUUAAUCGACCACUCUCUACUCUCACUCUCAAAGUGUUUUAAAUAUUCGGAGUGUUUUAUAGUCAAUACAGUAAUUGCCUCAGUCUGCAGAUUUCCCUCGCUCAGUUUAGUGCUGGGAAUAGUGAAGAAGAAAAGCUUUCCAAACCUGCACAUAAUGCAGAUUUAAUGCACACUUUAUUUUGCACACUUUGGCAUUCCUAGUGAACCAAAUAACAUAUGUCUGCCUGUCAUGUGUUUUCCUGCAGUAGUCACAAAUCUGUAACACAGUAUAACAUUUCAUUUAUCAUUUGUUAUCUUUCACACAUCUGACUCUUCUACAUUAUCUGCAUGCAAGCUACUUUGGCAUGGCAGCAUAACUCAUAUGGAGUGAAAAUAUUUUAUUGAGUGAAUGAACAUUAUCACAGACAUGAAUAUGUUCCAUAUUCUGCCAAGCGUACAUCCUUCUGGUGCCUAAAUAGUACUCUUUACACUGGAAAGGUUUAGAGAGAGAAAUUAACUUCUACUUUUGAAUCAAAUCAGAUUGUGUUGUAGAGAUGCAAUGCUUAUUGAUAAUGUCUUCCUUUUGUGCAGGAAGUGCAAAGAGGAAGUAUUUUAAUGUUACCAUCAAAUGUUAAAAGACUGAGAGAGAAAUUUUAGCAUUCCAGUUGAUGAGCUCAGAGCAGGAAAUCAAUACUAAAUGAUGAUGAUUGCUGAAUUAUUGAACAACUUCAUACUAAAAGAUGAACCCUAUCCUGAGAGUAUUAAUGUGUAAACUGUAUAAGAACAUCCAGACGGUUUUUCAUUUUUUGCUUUAAAAAAAAAUCUACCGCUUAUGCAAUUCCCCCACUUUAUAAAUUUUAAAAACAGCAUAUGAUAUUGUCUUGUUGUGUGUCACUUUCUGUUUUGUUUUUUUAUGCUUUUAGGUAGAUGGUUAGAAAGUUGAUAUGGAAUAAAAUACAAUUGAUCGACAGUCCUAUUAUAACCAGCUCUGCUCUGUGGUCUUUUGAGCUGCUAAAAAAAAUUGAGACCCUGGAAAUGCAAAAAGUAUUUAUUAUAUGGUGUGUUUUCCUUUCAGUCCCAUUACUGAAAAAUUUCUAGCUAAACUUUGUAAACUUUAAGCGAACAAUACAAUUUGUAGUGAACAUUUGAUUGUUAUUCACUGCCGUUAAUGUUAUAAGUCCAGGAUGGUGCUGUGGAACAAUACUGUCAAUAAUUUGUGAUAUUUUUGUAAAAAAACAAAACAAAAAAACUGUCUUUGAAUAAAAUUAUAUGUUUGAAAAA